CAUGCCGUUAAAACAAAUUUUGUUUUCUGGCAAUAAGUUUGUUACCCAUCAGAAAACAGCUACUCUGAUACAAAGGGCCAGAUGAAAAUCGAGAAAGUUAGGAGCACCGUGCGCACCCAGCUUAUUGCCGCCCACAGCCAUGUGAAAGGGCUUGGACUGGAGGCCGGAGCUGCCCAGAAAGGGAUCCGCGAGGCAGACGGCAUCUUGGAAUCAAGAUAAAGAAAAUGACCGGUAUAGCCCUGUUGCUGGUUAAUCCGCCGGGUACCGGCAUGACCGCCAUCACCCAGGAAGUGGGCAACAAGGUGCCCUCCCUGCCCUAUGGUGGUAAACUUGUUCUUACAAAGUCCGUUUCCUUGAUUUGUGACGCAGAUCACAAGGAGACCUGUUUCCCGGUUUUGUGUCUGGUCGGUCCGACAGUCAUAAUGGGACAUCACCCAUCUCCGGCGGACCAGAGUCUAUUCCAGGCGGUCUGGAGACCCCACUGGGAUACGGGAUGCGCUCGAGCCAAUGAUGCCAUAAAGGAGAAGCAGCGCUCCGCAAGGAAACAAUCUGGCGCGCUUGAAAACGCCUUUUCUACCUAAUAUCCGCGAUGGAGCUCCAAGAGAUAUAGAAGGCCUCGUCUUGGGAAGGACUCGCUGGAUUCCAUUCCCACCAAUUGGCUGGACUGCUAGCUGCUAGGGGCUGACAAACGAGCUUCCUGGUAACUGAAAGCUGCGCUGAUGUUGGCUGACGCCUGCACUGAUGUUGGACAACACCCAGCUGGAGGCUUCGUAGGUGCUUUUCAGGCACCAUCACUACCACCACCAGUAAAACCAAGUCGUGGCCAGUGGUUAUAAUACUAGUACGGCUCUUCUUUUUCUUUUAUAUUCUGUUUGCAUCAAGUGUUUAUAUUCCUUGCACCUCCCUAUAUGGGCUCGGUCAAUUGCCCAAGUUCGAACUUUGGAACCGUUCUUUUUUUCUGGGCAACGGACGAGCUCAAGCCCAACAACCCUUUCUCUUUAUUCUAGCCAUUUUAAUUUUCAUCAUUUUUAUUUAUAAUUUAAAUUAUAUAAGAUAUUUCAAACCCAAAAUAUAGCUUUUUUUUAUUCAAUUUAUAAAUAAUGUUUUGGAAAAUUUAUCAAGAACAAUUAAUUAUAAAAUAUUUAUAAUUAUGUCUUCCAUUCCAUUUAUUUGACCAAAAAUAUGGAUUCCUAAUUAUUCAAUUGCAAACCGGUUGAAAGGUUCAAAAUGUAUUUAAAAAUUUAUUUUUAAUGAAAUAUGAAACUUUGACAAACAAGAAGGCAAGCUAUUUGAGCACACCUAUCCAAAAGCAUGCAAAUUUAGUCAAAGAAAAACCUUUAAAUGAUUCCCUUGCCUCCAAAUCAGUGCUAUUCCUAUAAAACUAAUGUCAAAAUAAAAACUUUAAAUUGUAAACAAGAUAUACAAAAAAAUAAAAAAAAAGAUUUGUAGAUUGUAGUCUGGAGUUCCUAGAAGCCAUGACAAUGCACGAUCGAUAUAGAAACAGGACACAGUACUAG